AUGCGAGCCCGUGUCACCCUUCCCCUCUGCCACAUUCUCCUCUCCUGUUGUGCGAGUGCGACCCCGUCGUGGGAGCCUCCCCUCACCUAUCAGAUUCCGCCACCCGAACGUAUCGCCGAACUCGCGCAACCCUACCUCAUCAACCCGGAGGACUACUCCAAGACGGUCUACUAUCGUCACGGACCUCGGGACGAUGUGUCGAGCUACGUCAUGUACGCAUUUCAGAGCAUGACGGACACGGCGAAAUGGGCUAGUGCGGUUCGUGCCUCCCACCUUUUCUCGUAACCCUGAAUACUUCAUGUAAGGUUUCAUAACGAUGUAUCAACAUUCUUGACUUUUUCAGGUGGUUCGACAUACUUACGGCCACCCUAAAAAGGAUUCGAACUUCGAGCCUACGACGACGGACAUCGCCCUGUCGCUGGAACACAUGGUUCCUACUCUUAAACCCGAGGGAGAAGGACAACGUUCCGAGGUCGAAUACGUCAAGAACCGAAACUUUUACCAGAAGGUGUUCUUGUGGAAUCAACCCAGAAGCGCAGUAAGUGGUCCCAGUGAUUGCUGUGAUGUCGAACUAUGUUGCGUCUCAUCGCCGGUUUCUGAACGAUCCUCUCAGGUCCUCGGUCUCGAGGAGAAAUUGCAAUUGGGGACUUUGAUCGAAUUGGGCCAAAUUGACCGGACAACUCAACCUGUUCUGUAAGUCUCCGAACCCCCCCCUAGCGACUUGACUGUAAGGAUGAGCUUUGAUCAUGUUGAAGGCGCCUGAUCAGGCGAGAAUAUUCGGAAGACAUGGCUCAAGAAUUGGGGGAGGGCUGUCCGUAA